AGGAUCACUGUUCCAACUCCAAAAGAGCAGUCCAUCAGUCCGUCUAUACAUUGCCUUCGACUGGUUCUCCGUAACCAUCAUUCACUUCGUAGGUCGCAUCUUCAGCUGCAUCCCAUAUUCUGUCCUUGGGAAGCGAAGGAAGUAGCGCUACAGCAGCAGCAGCGGAAGCGACGACAAAGGUUGCUCGCCAUGGCACGCCAACAACACAGCUCCAGCUCCACCGGUCCCUUUCUUCACCACUCUGCACCCGGCGGCGGCAGCAGCCACCAUCUAUCCGUCGUCCAUGCGCCAGCCCAUGCCCCGUAUGCCCAUCUGAACUCGUUCUAUGGCGCUGUGAGCGGGCGCAGAGGCUCGACGGACCCGGUGCUGCAUGCAAGCAUGGCAGCAAGCGCCUCAGCGCACUUCAACGGCUCCGCCAACGCGAGUUCAGGCGGCAGCGGGCUGCAUGGAUCGGGGACCGGUGUCUCUGCAUCAGGCCUCGGGUCAUCAUUGGGGCUGGGUGGGAAUGGAUAUGGAGGCUCCAAUGCGGGCAUAGGCCCAACCUGGAAUAACUCGGGUGGCGAAUCCGCCGCCCUGUUCGGCGCGGGUCGAGGUCGUUCCUCGAUCCAGUUCAAUGACCUCCCCAGCAGCAACCUGUCUGCUCCAAGCAAUGCUCAUCCAGCAGGCGCAGGGCCGCACUCCAGCCCUGCGCUCAGUGGAAGCAACUCGACGGCCAGAAAAGGCUUGGGCAGACCGAUGGGGUCGCAUGCGGGCCUGGGAGCCUCAGGGAGGCCGCACGUGAACCUACCCCCUUUGACAAAUGAACGUCGUCCAUCUUUCUCGUCCUUUCCCCCUGGCCCUACUCAGGCCGAUGCAUUGAACCAAGCACCUUUCUAUCCACAUUCGCACCCCCACUCACAUCCAAGUCCACAUCCCUCUCAUCCUUCCCAUCCGGCGGAGCAGCCCCACAUGUCAGCGCCAACAGGGCAGCCACAUGAUUCUAGGCAGCUCUACUCGAAUGCAGUCCAGCGGCCUGCGCGGCUACCCCCGCCAGGCAUAUCUACCCCAGACGAGGAAAGAGACUCGGCCAGGCGCGAGUCGUUUGCCGGAUCCUCCUCCUCUUCGAAUAGCAUCGGAGAUGGUACCGGCAACGCUGCAGAGGGUUCUCGGACGGCAUCGAGCGGCAAAGCGAUCUUACUGCCCGAUCGUAGGGACACGCCGUACAGUCGAAGCCCAGAGCUGAGGAACAGCCACAAGAUUGCGGAGAGGAAGCGGAGGAGAGAGAUGAAGGAUCUGUUUGAUGACUUGCGCGAGCAGCUUCCCGUCGACAGGGGCCCCAAGACAAGCAAAUGGGAGAUCUUGAGUAAAGCUGUCGAACACAUCAACAACUUGCGCACCGAGCGAGACGAUUUGCUCAAAGAGAUCGAAUCACUGCAAUCGCAAGUUGCAGACUCGCGCAAACAAAAUACUUCGAUUUCAGCUUCGGCCAGCAACAGCGGUAGUGGGCAAGGUGUGGGCGGCGGGGGCGACACGAACGCAGCAACGAACCACCACACGGCAUCAUCGUCCGACCCGCACCACUCCAGCCACGGGUCCGCCGCAAGCUACGCUUCGAGCCUUCAGCAUCCCGCCGCAGGCGACUCGGGCCCGCCAGGUGCAACGUCCAGCGUGCAACACGCGCAAUCAGAUGGAUACCAUGCCAACGUAGGCUCCGUGUAUCCAAUGCAAGGGUGACACCGCUGUGCUUCUGUGUGGCUCGAAGUCUCU